GGGAAGCGGAGUGACGGAGCGAGCGGCUGUUGGAGGAAGGAGGUGGGGGCCGGGAGCGCAAAUGGCGUUGAGAUGGUUCAGGGCCCUGUUCAAACUCCAGCGCUGACCAUUCACCGGCGGAGGCGGCGGCGCAGAAGGCGGCGGCGGCCCAGCGGGGGCACGUAGCAGGCUCGGUACCGGCGGCGGCCGCCAGGGAGGCCUAGGCCCUGCCCGGCCGGGGCGCCUGAGGUGGGGAGGGAAGUUGCGGGGCCGCCGCUCCCCCCCCUCGCCCGGGCUUCCUAUUUACCGAAGCGGAGCCGCGGUCUGUGACGGCCGCCGAGCCCCCGGCGUCUCUUGGCGCACCGGUCGCCACUGUUCUCCGCGCGGGGCUUCUGCGCCCGCCCGUGGGCCGUUGGGAGCGGGAGAGGCGGAGGCGGCCCGAGGCCAAAGCACCCGCCAGGCGCCUAGGCAGUCACCGAGGCCUUGCUUCGGGGACUCGGUGGCAGAAGCUUCCGGGGCGUCCAAAGCGACGUCCCUUUCCUGGGCGUUGGGGGUUGGGAGGAGAAAAGUUGCCCGAGUGUCCAGCGCGAGGGGUGUCUCGCCCACUGCCUCCUGGCGCACUCGCAGCCUCAGGCAGGGUUUCUCGGUGUAGUCCUGGUUGUCUUGGAACUCACUUUGUAGACCAGGCUAGCUUCAAACUCAAGAGAUUCACCUGUAUCUGCCUCCCAAGUGCUGGGACUAAAGGGAAUAUGAAACAGGUGUCAAAAUGACAUCCCGAUUUGGAAAAACUUACAGUAGGAAAGGAGGAAAUGGCAGUUCAAAAUUUGAUGAAGUUUUUUCCAACAAACGGACUACUCUUAGUACAAAAUGGGGAGAGACCACGUUUAUGGCUAAAUUAGGGCAGAAGAGGCCCAAUUUCAAACCAGAUAUCCAAGAAAUUCCGAAGAAACCUAAAGUAGAAGAAGAAGAUACUGGAGAUCCUUUUGGUUUUGAUAGUGAUGAUGAGUCUCUACCUGUUUCUUCAAAAAAUUUAGCCCAGGGUAAGGGUUCAUCUUACUCAGAAUCCAGUGAAGCUGCUCAGCUGGAAGAAGUCACUUCUGUACUUGAAGCUAAUAGCAAAUUUAGUCAUGUGGUGGGUGAAGACAGUACUGCUUCUGAUAGAUGCUUACUUGUGGAGGAUACUUUGAUCGGGAAAGAAAAGAGCACAAAUAGAGUCCCAGAAGACAAUGCAAACAAAAGUAGUUGCACUAAAUUAAUAACUUCAGAUAAAGUGGAGAAUCUUAGUGAAGAACCUGAAAAAAAUAGUCACCAUUUUCACAAAAAUGCUGAAGAUAGUACUAAGAAACCCAAUGCAGAAACCAUAGUGGCUUCUGAAUAUAAAGCUGAUGAAAUUAAGGAAACAAAUGAUACUUGGAACUCCCAAUCUGGAAAAAGAUCAGAAUCUCCAUCCGAAAGUUGUCCAGUCAAAGGAUCUGUAAAAACUGGUUUAUAUGAAUGGGAUAAUGAUUUUGAAGAUGUCAAAUCAGAAGACUGUAUUUUAAGGUUGGAUAAUGAUUCUCUUUUGGAGAUGAAGGAUGAAGAUUUAAAAAAUCGAUUGGAAAAUCUAAAUGAAGCCUUUGAAGAAGAUAUUAUACAAAGUGUUCUUAGGCCAAACAACUGUAGGACGUACUGUAGGGCCAAUAAAGCGAAAUCUUCACAGGGAGCAUCAAAUUUCGAUAAGCUAAUGGAUGGCACCAGUCAGGCCUUAGCCAAAGCAAACAGUGAAUCAAGUAAAGAUGGCCUGAAUCAGGCAAAGAAAGGUGGUGUAAGUUGUGGGACCAGUUUUAGAGGAACAGUUGGACGGACUAGAGAUUACACUGUUUUACAUCCAUCUUGCUUGUCAGUUUGUAAUGUUACCAUCCAGGAUACUAUGGAACGGAGUAUGGAUGAGUUCACGGCAUCCACUCCUGCAGAUUUAGGAGAGGCUGGCCGGCUCAGAAAAAAGGCAGAUAUUGCAACUUCUAAGACCACUACUAGAUUUCGACCUAGUAAUACUAAAUCCAAAAAGGAUGUUAAACUUGAAUUUUUUGGUUUUGAAGAUCAUGAUGAGACAGGAGGUGAUGAAGGGGGUUCUGGAAGUUCUAAUUACAAAAUUAAAUAUUUUGGCUUUGACGAUCUCAGUGAAAGUGAAGAUGACGAUGACGACUGUCAAAUGGAAAGAAAAAAAGACAAAAAAAGAACUAAAACAGCUCCAACACCUUCCCUACAGCCUCCUCCUGAAAGCAGCGACAAUUUGCCGGAUAGUCAGUCUAGUACUAAUAAUGCAGAAAACUUGGAUUUUACAGAGGACUUGCCUGGUGUGCCUGAGAGUGUGAAGAAGCCCAUAAGUAAACAAGGAGAUAAAUCCAAGGAAAAUACCAGAAAGAUUUUUAGUGGCCCCAAACGGUCACCUACAAAAGCUGUAUAUAAUGCCAGGCAUUGGAACCAUCCAGACUCAGAAGAACUUCCUGGACCACCAGUAGUAAAAUCUCAGAGUGUCACAGUGAGGCUGUCUUCAAAGGAACCAAAUCAAAAAGAUGAUGGAGUUUUUAAGGCUCCUGCACCACCACUCAAAGUGAUAAAAACUGUGACAAUACCUACUCAGCCCUACCAAGAUAUAGUUACUGCACUGAAAUGCAGAAAAGAAGACAAAGAAUUAUAUACUGUUGUUCAGCAUGUGAAGCACUUCAAUGAUGUGGUGGAAUUUGGUGAAAAUCAGGAGUUCACUGAUGACAUUGAAUACUUGUUAAGUGGCUUAAAGAGUACUCAGCCUCUAAACACACGUUGCCUUAGUGUAAUCAGCUUGGCUACUAAAUGUGCCAUGCCCAGUUUUCGAAUGCACCUGAGAGCACAUGGAAUGGUUGCAAUGGUCUUUAAAACCUUGGAUGAUUCCCAGCACCAUCAGAAUCUGUCCCUCUGUACAGCUGCUCUCAUGUACAUAUUGAGUAGAGAUCGUUUGAACAUGGAUCUUGAUAGGGCCAGCCUAGAUCUCAUGAUUCGACUUUUGGAACUGGAACAAGAUGCUUCUUCAGCUAAGCUACUGAAUGAAAAAGACAUGAACAAAAUCAAAGAAAAAAUCCGAAGACUGUGUGAAACUGUGCACAAUAAGCAUCUUGAUCUAGAAAAUAUAACGACUGGUCAUUUAGCUAUGGAGACAUUGCUGUCCCUCACUUCCAAACGAGCGGGAGACUGGUUUAAAGAAGAGCUUCGGCUUCUGGGUGGUCUUGAUCAUAUUGUAGAUAAAGUAAAAGAGUGUGUGGAUCAUUUAAGUAGAGAUGAGGAUGAAGAGAAACUAGUAGCCUCAUUAUGGGGAGCAGAGAGAUGUUUACGAGUUUUAGAGAGUGUAACAGUGCAUAAUCCAGAGAAUCAAAGCUACUUGAUAGCCUAUAAAGAUUCACAACUCAUUAUUUCAUCUGCUAAAGCAUUACAGCAUUGUGAAGAACUGAUUCAGCAGUAUAACCGUGCUGAGAACAGCAUAUGCAUAGCAGACAGUAAACCUCUGCCUUACCAGAAUGUAACUAACCAUGUGGGCAAAGCAGUGGAGGACUGCAUGAGGGCUAUCAUUGGGGUAUUGCUCAAUUUAACUAAUGAUAAUGAGUGGGGCAGCACAAAGACAGGAGAACAAGAUGGACUCAUAGGCACAGCAAUGAACUGUGUCCUUCAGGUUCCAAAGUACCUACCUCAGGAGCAGAGAUUUGAUAUUCGAGUGCUGGGAUUGGGUCUACUGAUAAAUCUGGUGGAGUAUAGUGCCCGGAAUCGACACUGCCUUGUCAACAUGGAAACAUCCUGUUCCUUUGAUUCCUCCUUCUCUGUUGGAGAAGGAGAUCAUAGUUUAAGGCUAGCUGGACAAGUUCAUGCUGUUCAGGCUUUAGUACAGCUAUUUCUUGAACGAGAGAGAGCAGCCCAGUUGGCAGAAAGUAAAACAGAUGAGUUGAUCAAAGAUGCUCCCACCACUCAGCAUGAUAAGAGUGGAGAGUGGCAAGAAACAAGUGGAGAAAUACAGUGGGUGUCAACUGAAAAGACUGAUGGCACAGACGAGAAACAUAAGAAAGAAGAGGAGGAUGAAGAACUUGACCUCAAUAAAGCCCUUCAACAUGCUGGCAAACACAUGGAGGAUUGCAUCGUGGCCUCCUACACAGCUCUGCUUCUUGGGUGUCUCUGCCAGGAAAGUCCAAUCAAUGUAACUACAGUGAGGGAAUAUCUUCCAGAAGGAGAUUUCUCUAUAAUGACAGAGAUGCUUAAAAAAUUCUUAAGCUUCAUGAAUCUCACUUGUGCUGUUGGAACAACAGGCCAGAAGUCUAUUUCUAGAGUGAUUGAGUAUUUGGAACAUUGCUAGCUGCUUUACCUUUGCUUCAGGUGCUUGGUAAUGCUGGAGCUAUCUGUAGACAAAGAAAAGACAUGAAAGAAGUCCUUGAAGAUAUACCAAGAACAUUCAUCAGUAUCAUUCGUGUUUGGAUUUUUAUGAUCACCCGAUUUCUUCGUCAUGCAUUCUGCAUUUGCUAAAUGACAGUUACUACAUCAAUCUGCAGCUAUCAAAAAUGAGGGAAAAGGUUCAGGCUGUUAACAAUCCCAUGCAGUAUUUAAAUACACAUAACUUGGCAGAGUCUAUACCCUCUCCUUGUUUCCUUGCUUUAUUUUGGGCAAGGUUUAAAGGGGAAAGUUUGUGCUGCUGUUAGUGCAACUGCUGUGUAUGUUGAGCCACUGUUGUCAUGCCAGUCAGGUGCAAAGGCAGCUUAGCUACUGAGGUAUUGAAUGUUCUGAGGACAUUCUAGACAACAGCUUAGUUCCUUUUUCAGGCUCAUUUGCUUUUGCUUUUUGUUGAAUGAUUCCAAUCGUAAAUAAAGCUUUUAAUAAUUUUGUGAA